CAAAGACCCACGACAUCCAGAUCACAGACGUCACCGAGAACAGUGCCAGGCUGCGCUGGGCCAGCCCCGAGCCGCACAACGCCUACGCUUUUGACAUCACCGUCACCUUGGCGCACGACCACUCUCUCGUGCAGAAGCAAAACCUGACCGGCGCUGAACACGUCAUCCGAGGGCUCAAAAGCGGACAGAAAUACCUUGUCGUCAUUACCGGCUACCAGAAAUCCCAACCCAAAGUAACCUACACAGGGACAUUCAGCACAAAGACCCCAGCGCAGCCCAAGGUGUCCCUGGCCAACAUGAUGCUCAACACCGAGCCGCUGGAAGGGCCUGAGAGCGAUUGGCCAGACCCUUGCUUGCUGGACUUUGACAUGGGCAUGCAGUGCAAGGACUAUCAGAUUGUGUGGUUCUUUGACUACAAAACCAAGAUCUGCAGCCAGGGUUGGUAUGGUGGCUGCGGUGGUAAUGCCAAUAGAUUUGAGGCCGAAGCCGAGUGCGUUAGCAAAUGCUUAAAACCAUCAGCAGCUGAGAAAGCCAUGCAGCAGCCACCCCUUGAGAAAAGAUUAUCGUCAGUCACGGAUAUCUGCCGGCUGCAAAAAGAUGAGGGGACCUGCAGGAGCUUCGUACUGAAGUGGUACUACGACCCCGAGACCAAGAGCUGCGCCCGGUUCUGGUACGGCGGCUGCGGAGGCAACGAGAACAGAUUUAACACGCAGAAAGAAUGUGAAAAAGUUUGCGUCCCUG